GAUGUUAUUGCGCCAAUUCAAUUUUUACCAAACGAAUUUAUUUUAUUGAAAGGAUUCUAAUUUCUGAUGUUCUAGUCAAACUGUCAUAGUUUCCCUAUAAUGGAAAAUAAACGUAAACAAUUUGGAGCUUCGCAAGGUUUCGCAAAGAAAUUUAAAUCGAACGACGACGAUGAAGAUGAGUUUCAAAGUGCCUUCGAGGCCGAUCUGGCCAAUAUGGAAUUGGAAGAAACAGAAGCAAUUAUCGGUGAUGGGCCGGAAACUCAACAAACGUCCAUUAAGUGGAGCCGACCAGAACCACCGAAAUUAGAUCCGCAGAGCGAUGCUCUGAUUUUCCAACAAAUUGAUAUCGAAAAUUACAUUGGUCAACCAUUGCCAGGAAUGCCCGGAUCUCAAAUGGGUCCCGUUCCGAUUAUGCGUAUGUUCGGGGUAACAAUGGAAGGCAAUUCAGUGUGUUGUCAUGUACACGGAUUCACUCCGUACAUGUACAUCGGAGCACCGAAAGGAUUCGAAGAGAAACAUUGUCGACCAUUCAAAGAAGCACUGAAUCGUGUGGUCAUUGCUGAUAUGCGAUCGAAUAAAGAGAGUUUGCAAGAGGCCAUUCUGUCGGUGUCAAUUGUUCACCGACAAUCACUGAUGGGAUAUCAUGGCGAUGCGAAAUUCCCGUUCAUAAAAAUCGUGAUAGCGUUGCCAAGACUGCUCGCCGCUGUGAAACGAUUACUGGAAAAGGAAAUCGUUUACGAUGAAUUCGAUUUCCAGGAUUGUCGAGCCUACGAAAAUAACAUCGAUUUUGAUAUUCGUUUUAUGGUGGACACAAAUGUGGUUGGCUGUAGUUGGAUUGAACUACCACCAACUAAAUGGCGCCGACGCUACAAAAAUGGAAAACCUGGCCUAGAUUCUCGUUGUCAGAUCGAAGUGGAUGUGGCAUUCGACGAAUUCAUAGCACAUGAACCGGAAGGUGAAUGGGCCAAGGUUGCACCAUUCCGCAUACUGAGCUUUGACAUCGAAUGUGCUGGCCGAAAGGGUAUCUUCCCAGAACCGAAUCAUGAUCCAAUUAUUCAGAUUGCCAACAUGGUAAUUCGACAGGGUGACAGUGAACCAUUUCUGAGAAAUGUUUUUACGUUAAACACCUGUGCUCCGAUUGUGGGUAGUCAAGUGCUGAGUCAUGACAAAGAGAUCGAUAUGUUGGAUGCCUGGUCCAAUUUUAUAAGAGAGGUCGACCCAGACAUUUUUACCGGCUACAACAUCAACAAUUUCGAUUUUCCGUAUCUGCUGAAUCGAGCUUCACACUUGAAAGUAAAGAACUUUGAGUACUUGGGUCGAAUAAAAAACAUCAAGUCCGUCGUCAAAGAUACGGUUCUACAGUCGAAGCAAAUGGGAAGACGCGAAAACAAAUACGUGAAUUUCGAGGGACGUGUCCCAUUCGAUUUGUUGCUGGUGUUGAUAAGAGAUUACAAACUACGUUCCUACACCUUAAACGCUGUGAGCUACCAUUUUCUGCAAGAGCAAAAGGAAGACGUUCAUCACAGCAUCAUCACGGAUCUGCAAAAUGAAAGCGAUCAAACUCGAAGACGAUUGGCUGUUUAUUGCAUCAAAGACGCCUACCUUCCGCUCCGUUUACUCAACAAAUUGAUGUGUAUCGUCAAUUACAUGGAAAUGGCUCGUGUGACCGGUGUCCCAUUGGGUUGUUUAUUAACUCGAGGACAACAGAUCAAGGUCGUGUCUCAGUUGCUGCGCAAAGCCAAAGAAAAGGGUUACCUUAUGCCGUCGCAUACGAGUCAAGCAGCCGAAGAUCAGUUUGAAGGUGCCACCGUUAUUGAACCGAAACGUGGCUAUUAUGCGGAUCCGAUAACAACGCUGGAUUUUGCAUCUCUAUAUCCCAGUAUCAUGAUGGCACACAAUUUGUGUUACACCACUUUGCUUCAGAAGCCUCAACAAAAAGAUAGUUUGGGCCUCACAGACGACAAAAUCACCAAAACCCCGAUGAACAAUUAUUUCGUCAAAGCCUCUGUCCGGAAGGGACUUUUACCCGAAAUUUUGGAAUCGCUACUAAGUGCUCGAAAACGGGCCAAAGCAGAUCUUAAAGUCGAAAAAGAUCCAUUUCGACGAAGUGUUUUGGAUGGCAGACAGUUGGCGUUGAAGAUCAGUGCCAAUUCGGUGUAUGGUUUUACCGGUGCCCAGGUGGGAAAACUUCCUUGUUUGGAAAUAUCGGGAAGUGUCACAGGCUAUGGUCGUACCAUGAUCGAAUUGUGCAAGCAUGAAGUGGAAACAAAGUACACGAUCGAGAAUGGCUAUGAAAACGACGCGGUUGUUAUAUAUGGCGACACCGAUUCAGUCAUGAUAAAGUUUGGUGUUAAGACUUUGGAGAAGAGUAUGGAAUUGGGACGCGAAGCUGCCGAAUAUGUCAGUUCAAAGUUCAUCCAUCCAAUUAAAUUGGAGUUUGAAAAGGUUUAUUUCCCGUACCUGCUGAUCAACAAGAAACGAUACGCCGGCCUAUAUUUCACUCGUCCCGAUAAAUACGACAAAAUGGACUGUAAGGGAAUUGAAACCGUUCGACGGGACAAUUCACCGUUGGUUGCCAAUUUGAUCAACAGUUGCUUGCAGAAGCUACUGAUCGACCGAAAUCCGGAUGGUGCCGUUGAAUACGCAAAACAGGUCAUUUCCGAUCUGCUGUGCAAUCGCAUAGACAUUUCACAAUUGGUCAUCACGAAAGAAUUGACGAAAAGUGAAUACGCUGCGAAACAGGCACACGUCGAACUGGCUGCUAAAAUGAAGAAACGUGAUCCAGGAACCGCUCCGAAACUAGGCGAUCGUGUACCAUACGUUCUUACAGCUGCGUCCAAAAACACUCCCGCUUAUAUGAAGGCCGAAGAUCCGAUUUACGUUCUGGAAAACUGCAUUCCAAUCGAUUCAAAAUACUAUUUGGAAAAUCAACUCGCCAAGCCUCUGCUUCGUAUAUUUGAACCGAUAUUAGGUGAUAAAGCCGAAUCGAUUCUUCUGCGUGGUGAACACACACGAACGAAGGCAGUGGUAACAUCAAAAGUCGGAGCACUUGCAAUGUUUACGCAAAAGCGUGACGCAUGUUUAGGUUGUAAGGCCCUGCUACCGAAAGGAUAUGAAAAGAAAGCGCUUUGUCCACACUGUGAAAAUAAUGAAGCGGCCUUGUAUCAGCAAGAACUUUCGCUUCAACGAACGAUGGAGGAGAAAUUUUGCAAACUAUGGACAGAGUGUCAACGUUGCCAAGGAUCUCUGCAUGAAGAAGUGUUGUGUACCAGUCGUGAUUGUCCCAUAUUUUACAUGCGCAAAAAAAUUCGAAUGGAUCUGGACGCACAGGAGAAACGUGUGCAACGGUUCGGCCUUCCGUCUUGGUGAAAUUAAAUUUUGUUUUCAAGCAUUGACUGUUUAACGUUACACAUUUAUUCAAAUUCCACAUUUCAAUAAAAUCCUAAUUUCGUAUCCUAA